AUGGCUGACGAAAAGCGCGAGGAAGCAGUCAAGACUGAGAACAAUGAUCAUAUUAAUUUUAAGGUGGCGGGGCAGGGUGGUUCUGUGGUGCACUUUAAGAUUAACAGACAUACACCCCUUAAUAAACUAAUGAAAGCCUAUUGUGAAGCACAAUUGGAAAUGGAGGAUGAAGAUACAAUUGAUGUGUUCCAACAGCAGACAGGAGGUGUUUGCUGA